AUGGUAGUUAGAGUAUUAGAUGAUUAUUAUUUAGCCAUAACAGCAAUAUUAACAAUUGGAUAUCAACUAAUUUUUUUUACUAUCGCUUAUACAUUUCAAAUUGAUUCAGUGACUGAUUUUGGAGGUGGCAGUAAUGUUGCUUUAUUGGCGAUAUUAACAUUAGUUCUUGGUCAGACAUGGUAUGUUCGACAAAUAAUCGCGACGACAUUCGCAGUUUUGUGGGGUGCAAGAUUAGGAU